AUGUACUCCGCGCCAGACAUCGACCGACCAGCGAAGAGACCGCGCCUGUCAUACACCCCUGACGAUUCAGAAGACGUCCCCGAGGAAUUCGACCUCCCGGCUGCACGCGCGCAAAAUGACUCACGGCUCAAAUCUCUGUUCGAAGGCAUCUUCGCCAAGUACAGCCAGGACUUUACCGACGUGGGCGAUGAGAUCGACCUGCAGAGUGGGAAACUGGUGGUAGACAACGGACAUCUGCUGGGGAUGCAGAGCGAACGUGACACAGGGGGUCAAUUUUCAUGGCUUCAGGCUGGCGACGAGUCGGAUGACGCUCUAGACGGUGAUGAAGGCGCAGAGGGAGAUGAAGAAGGCCAUGAAUACGCAGUCUCUCACGGCGAUGAUUUGCUGAACGAUCAACAUGAAACAUCAAUUAUAAGCUCAGGCAUAGAGGAGACCAACGCGGCCUCCUCAGACUUCGUGUUUACCUACAAAGCGUCCGGGGCUUCAGGGCUCAGUCCAAUGGUGAAGAGCGAAAAAGCCGCCCAGUUGAACACAGCACCCAAGCCUCAAGAUCCCAUCUGGCAGGUCCCUGACUUGCCGCAAACCUACGCAACGCCCACCACUGGCCCCAGCGGCCGCAAAGUCAACAUCGCCUUCUCCCCACAGAUCGGAUCUGCCAGGUCUCCAUCUCCACCAGGGAGUGGCUCGAUCUGGGCCAUUGCCAAACGCGGCAGACCACGAACCGAGGGGAAACCCAAGGCGACGCCAAGUCAGCGCCAGCCACGUGGGAAGCGGAAAUACCACUCAAGUCCACUGACAUCUGACUGGUCCUUUGCAAAGAUACCGGACGGUGAUGAAUCCGAUGACCCUCUGCAAGAGAAGGAUUGGGCGUCACCCUCACCAUCGAAAAUGCGGAAUAUCCGCGGGAAACGCAUACAGGUGCCGGACAAACGUGGCGGCCGUUCAUCUACUCGGCCUGAGCAUGCGCCUUCAAAGCAGCCAGAUCGUAUAAACGAAACCGACGACGGAGAGGGGCACGAUGGCCAUGGCCAAUCGCCACAAACAAAUAUCGAAAAGGAGGGGUCAUUGGAUACUAUAUUACAAAACGAUGAUUUAGUUCUCAAACCCAGCCAAGCUGCAUCAGUCCACUCCGUUCAAGAUACGCCAAGCAAAAGGCGAGUCAUAACACCCGACGAAGCAAAGUUGAUCGUGUCAAUGAUGCACAAGGAAGGCAAGAAAGUGAAGGAUGUGGUUCAACGUCUUCCAAAUUGCGCCAACCGGACUAUCCUGAAUUGGUAUUACUACCAUUGGACUUGUCGUCUGGAAAAUCCGCCUCACCUUUCGGGCCCCUGGUCGCAGGGCGAACUUGCAGCUUUAGGUCGUCUGAGCAGCCAAUCGGGUCUCUCUUGGGCUGAAAUCAGAGAUGAGUUUCACAAUCGCUCACUCAAUGAGAUUGAGUUUCAUAUGCUUCGUCUUUCUGUCGAUGGACCCGCUCCGGGAGACGUGGACGCGCAAGAGGGACAGGGAGAGCCGGAAGAGGGACCCGAAGUGUUUCCUUCGAUUGAACAGAUUGGAAAUGGCGCAGCUGAAAGCCCCACUGGUGCAAAGGUACCAUGCGUGGAAGAAGCGGGAGAACAGACAAUUAAGGAAGAGAGCGAGGGGAAUCCAAUCAUUUGA